AUGCCGCGAGGCAUCUUUGUUCCGGCACAGGAUUUGUGGCGCGAGCCUGGGCAGGAGAUAGAUAACCCACCAGAACGUAUGGUCCAGCCGGUUUUUCUUAUUAUGGCACAAGACUAUCUGUCCGAACUUGUCGCAAUUAGUCUGUGGACACCCGUUGAAGUACAGCAAGCACUAGCGGAGGUGCAGCACAGACGCACCUAUCACAGCCGUAGACGCAUGCCUACCCUUGUGCCUGUCCACCCACAGCCUGUACACGAAUAUGCCCUGGUCCUGGCGUUGCCGGAGUGGGCAACGGACAGGGUGUGCGUUGCCUUUGACUUGUCAAGGCUAGACGGCAGAGUUUUUGCCAAGUUCACCUCCCCACGGCUAGACUAUGCGUCCAUCCUGGUCCUAGCUGGCCUUUUUGUUCAGGCGGACGUGGUUAUUUAUGUCCACGAGCACCCUCUUCCGUUACAGCCAGGGCAGGUUGUGGAUUUGGCCACAGGUUUUUGCAUCACCAUCACGUGCCGUACCCAGCUACAUUUUGCGGUUUUCGAUCUGCGAGACAUGCUGCAGAGUCCGGAAGGUUGGAAUGCACAAGCAGUUGUCCCUACCACCGAAGGAAGUUGGCUUUACAUACUUGGGGAUGAAGAUGCCUGCCAUUUUAGGCUGUACCCAGAGAGGCGCGACAACCUACGAGGAGACCUGUCGGAACGCCUCGGGUACGACUUACGACUCCUGCAAGUCAAGCCUCCAGUGCAACAGAUAGUCGAUCACUACGAAGACGGGGUCCAUGCCUCGCAGGUAGCUGUGGUCACUCAGCAAAGGAUCCGACGUGAGGCAGGGGUGCCCUUCCGCAAUGUUAUGCUGCUUGAUCUGCGCCCGCUGCUUCUUGGGCUGACGUGGCAGUUCGCACCCUUCGGACAAAUCCUUGCCCAAUACCUCUAUGAUCGCUACAGUGAGAUAUGUCCCGCCGGGUACCGUGUUAGUGUGAUAGGCAGGCCUUUUCAUACUGACGACGGGCUGUUUUUCACAGUGGAUGAUGGUGAAGUGAUUGUUGUCGAGUUCGUGCUUAAUGAGGUUGAACAAGCCUCUGACUUAAGCUCAGACACAGACUCUACGGCACAGACGUCCUCGUCCACCAGCUCUGAGGAGGGAGGUACGGAUCACCAGGACGGACACGGUCCUGCCAUUGCACCUCAGACCAUAGCCGAGGCCAGAUCCACAGGGCCUGAUAAUAGUGAUGAGCAGCCCCCGCAGACGGGAGAUUACGGGGGCCAGAGCCACCAGGUCUUUUGUGCGCCUCGCUCGGCGGAAAGUGUCCCGCAAACACGUAGCCAUGUGGACGCCGAGGAAAGAGGACUACAAUACUGGGAGGCGUCUACGCUCCUAGAAACAUUGAGUGAGCAUUUUGCGGCCAAGAAGCAUGAAGAGGACCAGCCUCGACAUCUCUGCAUGCAGCUUGAACUAGACAGCCUUUUGCCACGUACGCCCUAUCAGGGGAUGGUCGAGUCACUCAGCUUAUUAGUGCCACGGCCCUUCCCCGACCCCACUCCAGCCAAAGCCCUACUGACGGAGGACUGGCUCGAUAAUGAUCUGCGACCUCUGCUCCAAGCAGGUUUCUUGGAUGCUCAGUGGCGCGAUGUAUUUAGUGCCCUUCCACGAUGGCAUACAAGUGCUAGGCCAGCUGAUGCCACACAGAUAGUAAUCUAUACUGAUGGGUCCGCCGAUGGAGGCCGUCGGGAUAGUUUGCCAGAUGGCUUGCCGGCAGCAUGGGCUUUCGCAGUUUGGGCGGCAGGACCCGAUGGGGAGACAUUUAUUGGUUACAGUUCACACGCUGCGGUCCAUUCUGACUCCGCCUUUCAUGUGGGCGAAUGCGCUGAUACACCGAUGGAAAGCGAGCUUUUGGCCAUCUGCUGGGCUAUGGUGUGGAUCCUGGAUGCAGGAUUACGUUUUGGGUUGCCUUUCGAACUAAGAUAUGACUGCACAGGAGCUGGCGGUAGCACAUUUGCGACCUCCAGUCGGGUUAACCUACAGUCUGUUGACGGUUAUCCUACGCUCGCAGAUUUCGCCAGCCUGCUCAGGCAGGUCGUGGAGACCAGACAGACAAUACAUCACACUCAUGUCAAAGGACAUGCAGGAGUGAUAGGUAAUGAGCUCUGCGAUGCGUUAUCAAAGCAGGCUCGCAAGGGCAGAGAAGACCCGCACGAGCGUUGCUUGCCAGUGUGGCCAGCAGAGCUUCGCAAACACCCCUGCUAUCACUGGUCGUGGUUAGUACACCAGGUUGCACAGGACUUGCCCACACUGUGGGCACUCGAGUCGGAAGCAUGUAGACUGCAGACGCUACCAGCCCAAGCACAUGCGCCACGACAAGGUGUUCAUAACCGCACCGACAGGGCGGUACAGGUAGAGUUUCGGUUUAAGGUUUUCACCUAUAACGUGCUCACAAUGUUUGACCCGUUGGCCCCCAAGGGCAAGCCUAAACGGCAGCAGAAUCUGGGGAUGCUAAUAGCAGGCAAGCGGGAUAUCCUGAAGCGACAGCUUGGCGAGGCCCAGGUUUGGUUGGCAGGUUUCCAGGAAACGCGGAUUCCCACGACUGGGAUCCUUCCGGACUCCGAGUAUCUCAUGAUCAGUGCCGGGGCCACGGAACGGGGGCAUGGUGGCUGCGCCUUAUGGAUUAGCCGCAAGCAUCCGUUUGGACAUGCUGGUGAUCAGGCCCUCUCUGUGCAGGAUGAUCAGGUCACGGUGACUUCCAGCUCACCUCGGCAUUUGCAAGUCAUCAUAGAGACACCCAAACUUAUGUUGGUCGUCCUUGUUGUGCAUGCCCCCAGGGUGGCAUAUGCUGGAGAAGCCGCAGUGACGGACUUUUGGCGAGAUAGAGCGGCUGAUAUAGCUAAGAGUCCAGGACGAGCUGAAUUCCUCGUGUUGGCUGACGCCAAUGCGCAUGUAGGGUCAGUAACCACAGAAGCAGUAGGGCCUUGGGGGGCAGAAGAAGAAAACAUGGAGGGUGUAGCUUUCCAUGAUUUUCUGCUCAGCGUCAAUGGUUACGUGCCCUCUACUUGGGAGGCUCACCAUACAGGCCAGCACUGGACCUGGGCGUCUCCCGACCACUUUGCCGCUCAUCACCGAUUGGAUUUUGUGGUCACGCCCAAGCGAUGGGAGGAUUUCCAACUCCACUCUAGCGUGUGGCAUACUUUCGAGGCGCUUCAGACUCGACAGGACCACCUGCCCGUAACUUUAGACAUUGGGUUUAGUCGACGAUCCCCGGCCACUAGCUACACCAGUGGCAAACGAAAGGUCUGCAGGCCAGGUGCAAUUACCGCAGAGCAAGGCAAGGAGCUAGAGGCACGCUUGCGCCACGGAUUAGCUAUUCCAUGGCAUUGCGAGGUGGAUGACCACAACGAGGCGUGGACAAGUGUUUUCAAGGCCUAUGUUCAGCCCUACGUUCCGAAGCCCACCGUCCUCCCCACGCAGCCCUAUCUCCAACCAGGGACCCUCGACCUGGUGACACAGCGUAAGGCUCUGCGGAGACAUGUAGGGCAUGAAGAAGCCGAGAGGUCCCGAAGGCUCAAGGUCAUAGGUUUUGCAGCUUGGGUUCUCUACUGCAGAGGUCGCUCCCUUACGGAAGCUACGAGACAGACGGCGUCUCAUUGGCUAAUUGAAAUUGAUUAUAGCAUCGCUUUUGCACUUGAAUUGUUGCGGGAGCGCACGCGAGCCAUCCGGGCAGCGGUUCGUCGAGAUCGCAAUGCAUACCUAGAAGGUUAG